AUGGGCGACGCGGUCGGAUCGCUGGAUCCUCUCCUGAGCCUUCGCGCCUCUCUUUGCGCAUCAGCCGAUGCGCCGCUUCAGCACAUCCAACUACGCGAUACCGAUGGCGCUGUCGUCGACUCUGUGAAGGACGCUGCUUCGGUUGUCAUUUUGCACGUGGAUGCCACCACCCUGCAGGUAUCCGAUGCCGCGCCGGAACAAGUGUAUCCCGCUGGAACACCUACACGAAUCCUACGUACGCAUGAUACCAAGGCACGGGAGGGCGGUGCGCCGACACCCGAGUCUGAGCCUGAGGCAUUCAUGUCCAUCGCAGCUCUCGUCUUUGCCGUGCAGCAACGCGACGAGCGAACGGGUGCAUACUUGCGCAGUGCUACUCUUGCACAAAUGACACCUCUACCAGCUCUAGAACGUCCAGCUGUACUCGAGUACCUGCUUGGGAAGCGCGAGGUCUGGGACGGUGUUGUACCGCUACCCGGAACUGGGGAAGACGCUACCGCACCCAAUGGCACAGCGCCUUCAGCCGCCUCCGCGUCCACAGCUCAGCCAGGCACUGAGGCUCAAACACAUACCACAAAGCGGGUAUAUGUACCGGAUGCAGAGGAUGCAGAAUUUGUACGCCGUUUACGGUCCAAGUACGAAGUUGUCUUGCUGGAACGUGACGAUGCUUUGCGCGGGUCGCAUUGUACAGAGGCGGACGACGUGGCGCCUGGAACACGCUCCUCGUCCGACUUAUUGGGCCUGCGCAAGCAGCUUGCACCGCAGCUAGAGGCUGCGAAGCGCCGUAUGUCAUCGUCAGCCAAGGCCGCGACGUCGUCUUCCGCCAAAAAUCCACCGACGAGUGCUCCAGCCAAUGCAGCUCGCAAGUCUCGUGCGCAAGACCCCAUCAUUCUCUUGUCAAAUUCCCCUACUGCCCUUGUCAAUAUGUUUAAUGUCAAGGCCCUCUUGCAAGAUGGCGUCUUCGUCCCGCCCGAAGAAGCUCGACAACAAGCGAAUGGCUUAGCGGAAUUGGUCGUUACCAUUCGAGCACCCUCGUCAGAUGAGAGUAGCUCUACCGGCCAGACUGGCUCUCUCACGCGCCGUAUCCUUGUGGUGGACAAUGCAGAGGCUGUGAACCGACUCGGCAAUGGUCCCCCUGGCAGCGCCCAGGAUCCAUGGAAUCGUGUGAUUGCUGUUUUUACCACGGGUCAGGCGUGGCAGUUCAAAUCCUACCGAUGGACCGACCCGCGUGAUCUAUUCCGAAAUGCUAUGGGUGUCUAUGUGCGCUGGAACAACGAAGCCCCAAGUGCUCAGGUGAAGGAUUGGAACGUAACCCAGCUCCAGGUGGACCGAACGAAGCGGCAUACAGACAAACAGCUUGUCGCCUUUUUCUGGCGGUCGCUGGAUAGCUGGGUGCAACGGAAAAAGCCGCGCUUGCAACUAUGA